AUGAGCGCCGAAAAGAAAACCAACAAGCCCAGGGUGUCGCCCGCGACUCACCUCAUUGCCGGUGGUAUCGCCGGUUUUGCUGAAGCAUGCACCUGUCACCCCCUUGACACGAUCAAGGUGCGGAUGCAGCUGUCCCGCAGGGGCCGCGGCAUCAGCGAAAAGCCCCGUGGCUUCUUCGCCACGGGCGUGCAUAUUGUGCGCCGCGAAUCGCCUCUGGGCCUGUACAAGGGCCUCGGUGCCGUCGUGGCCGGCAUCGUGCCCAAGAUGGCCAUCCGCUUCAUGAGUUUUGAACAGUACAAGCUCGCUCUGGCCAACCGCGAGACGGGCGUGACGAGCCCGCAGGGCGUGUUCGUCGCCGGUCUGCUCGCUGGUACCACGGAGGCCGUGGCCGUCGUGAACCCCAUGGAAGUGGUCAAAAUCCGUCUGCAGGCCCAGCAGCACUCGCUCGCAGAUCCGCUGGAGAAGCCUCGCUACCAAAACGCCGCCCACGCUCUGUACACGAUUGUGCGUGAGGAGGGCUUCGGCACGCUUUACCGCGGUGUGGCGCUCACGGCGCUGCGUCAGGCAACGAAUCAGGCGGCCAACUUCACGGCAUACCAGGAGCUCAAGUCGCUGGCUCAGCGCGUGCAGCAGACGCAAGAUCUGCCCUCAUACGAGACGGCCACGAUUGGUCUGAUCUCGGGUGCGCUGGGUCCUUUCUCGAACGCCCCGAUUGACACCAUCAAGACGCGUAUCCAGCGCGCCGCCAAGGUCGAGGGCGAGACAGCCAUGGGCCGCAUCGUCAAGGUCGCCUCAGAUAUGUUCAAGCAAGAAGGUGUGAGUGCCUUCUGGAAAGGCAUCACCCCGCGUGUCGCGCGUGUCGCUCCUGGCCAGGCCGUUGUAUUUACCAUCUACGAAAAGGUGAAGGGCAUGAUCGAGUCUUCCCAUGAAAAGAAGGCUCAGGCCGUCGUGAAACAGUAA